UAUAUAAAAAUACUUACUCAAAUAAAAAAAUAUUUUAACUAAAUUAGAUAAAAGUAUAGUAUCCAUUUCUGUUGAUUUUAUAUGGUUCUUACUUCUUAGCUAGUAUAGUAGUAUGUAUGGUAAUUCUGUUUAAACAUAUUUUUGUUUAUAAACGGAAUUAUAUUGGAAACUAUAAAAAAUACGGCCGAAACGUAAUUUCUAAAAACGUUAAAUUUGUCACAAUGGAAAAUGAAAAUCUACCAUCUCUAGAUCUCGAUCCUUCAAUUAACGUUCUCAAUGGUAUUCCAAUUUCGAAGAUUUUAUGUAUCCAUUGUAAUACAUAUCUACCUGAGGAGAUAUCGAGAACGAAGUUAGAACCGCACGGAGUUUUUGUCUAUUCCUAGUUUUAUAGUUAGUCAAUAUAUAGACUAUAUAAGCUCUUAAUCAAAUUUACGAAGACAUAAGCAAGUUAAAUAAAUAAUUUAAAAGAAAUAUUCCAUUAGACUUCUUGAAAAUACUUAGAAAUUUAACACGAACAAUUACAAAAAAAAAGAAGCCGAAGUAUUAAUCUCAUAACGCACGCUUGCAGAAAUUUCCACACAAUAACCACCAAAUUUCUCAAAGAAAGAACAAAGUAUACUUUAGAUCUUUCAAACUCCUCCAGAAUAAACCGGUAUUCAAAACCACGUGCUCUAUAAAAAAAAUUAAUACUUGCUGGCCAAGUGCACAAGGCAACUCAAAACCUUAUAAAUAUGUCCCAUGCAAACUCACAAACAACUCAAAACACUCUUCAUCAAAACCAUUUUCCUCUGACUCUCUCUCCCAAUGGCUUCUAACGAUAAGCUUACUUCUUCCAGAGUAGCGAUCAUCGGUGCUGGUGUUAGCGGUUUAGCAGCCGCUAAGCACUUAGCCCAUCACAACCCGAUCGUUUUUGAAGCCUCGGAAUCGAUCGGAGGUGUUUGGAAUAGUUGCACUUACGAGACAACUAAAUUACAAUCGACUCGAGUCGAUUACGAGUUCUCUGACUUUCCAUGGCCCAACAGAGAUGACACUACUUUUCCAUCUUACGUUGAAAUAUUAGAUUACUUGGAAUCUUAUGCUAAGCAUUUUGAUCUCCUUAAGUUCAUGAAGUUUGGCUCUAAGGUCAUCGAGGUUAGGUACACAGGUGACGGCGGAACUCCACAGAUGGCUGACCUAGGUGCUUACAGCAACUCGUUUCCCGAAAAACCUGUAUGGGAAGUUGCUGUUCAAAAUGGAGACGCUGGAGAGAUUCAGUGGUAUGCAUUUGAGUUCGUGGUAGUGUGCACCGGAAAAUAUGGCGACGUACCAAGAAUACCGACGUUUCCAGAGAAGAAAGGGCCCGAGAUAUUCAAAGGGAAAGUGAUGCACUCUAUGGAUUACUGCAAAUUAGAGAAAGAAGAAGCUUAUCGUCUUCUCCGUGGCAAGAAAGUCGCGGUCAUUGGUUUCAAGAAAUCAGCCAUUGAUUUGGCUUUAGAGUCUGCUCUAGCAAAUCAAGGAGAAGGUGGACAAGCAUGCACAAUGGUGGUGAGAACGACACAUUGGGUGGUCCCGCAUUAUUGGGUGUGGGGUUUACCAUUCUUCUUGUUCUACUCUACCAGAGCUUCUCAGUUCCUCCAUGAUAGGCCUAACCAAAGCUUCCUUAAAACUUUCUUUUGCCUCCUAUUCUCUCUUCUGCGUGCGGUGGUUUCCAAAUUCAUCGAAUCAUAUGUUACGUGGAAGCUUCCUCUAGAGAAAUAUGGCCUUAAACCGGACCAUUCUUUUGAAGAAGACUACGCUUCUUGUCAAAUGGCCAUCAUGCCGGAGAAUUUCUUUGAGGAAGCGGAUAAAGGGAUGAUCCGGUUUAAGAAAACAUCAAAGUGGUGCUUUUAUGAUCAAGGGAUUGAGUUUGAGGAUGGGACUAUGCUAGAAGCUGAUGUAGUGAUACUUGCAACUGGUUAUGAUGGCAAGAAGAAGCUCAAAGCCAUCGUUCCUGAACCUUUUCGAAGUUGGCUUGAGUUUCCAUGCGGUGUUAUGCCUCUAUACAGGGGAACAAUCCAUCCAUUGAUACCAAACAUGGGUUUCGUGGGAUACGUUCAGAGCAACUCAAACCUACACACAUCAGAGCUACGUUCGCUAUGGUUAAGCCGACUCGUGGAUGGGAAAUUCAAAUUACCGAGCAAAGAGAAAAUGUUGGAUCAAUUUUCCAAGGAAAUGGACGUGAUGAGAAAAUCGACCAGAUUCUAUAAACGUCAUUGCAUUUCUACUUUCAGCAUCCAACAUGCCGAUGAUUUGUGUAAUGACAUGGGACUCGAUCCUCGGCGUAAAUCCAACUUGUUCCUCGAAGCCUUUAGUCCUUAUGGUUCUCAAGAUUAUCGACUCAAUCAAAAAGAAACAAACUAAUUGAAUAUAGUACCAGUCGAAGGAAAAUAACGAGAUUACAUCGUGUAGAAUAAUAAAACAGUGUUGGUGAGUCGUUGAAUAAUCAUGUGUGUUCGACUAC